AUGUUCAGCUGGCUGGGGAAGCAGGGCGGCGGGCGGGAGCGCGGCGGCGGCGGUAGCGACGUGGUGCAGACGGUGACCGGGGGGCUGCGGGACCUCUACCUCCGCAAGCUGCUGCCGCUGGAGGAGCACUACCGCUUCCAUGACUUCCACUCGCCCGCCCUGGAGGAGGCCGACUUCGAGAACAAGCCCAUGGUGCUGCUGGUGGGGCAGUACAGCACCGGCAAGACCACCUUCAUCCGAUACCUGCUCGAACAAGACUUUCCAGGCAUGCGGAUUGGUCCAGAGCCUACCACAGAUUCUUUUAUUGCUGUGAUGUAUGGAGAUUCAGAAGGAAAUGUUCCUGGAAAUGCCCUAGUUGUUGAUCCUAAGAAGCCGUUCCGCAAACUCAGCCGCUUUGGAAAUGCUUUCCUGAACAGGUUCAUGUGCUCUCAGUUACCUAACCAGGUACUGAAGAGCAUCAGUAUCAUCGACAGCCCUGGAAUUCUCUCUGGAGAGAAGCAGCGCAUCAGCAGAGGCUAUGACUUCUGCCAAGUCCUCCAGUGGUUUGCUGAAAGGGUCGAUCGCAUCAUCCUCCUUUUUGAUGCCCAUAAGCUGGAUAUAUCUGAUGAGUUUUCAGAGGCUAUUAAGUCAUUCCGGGGCCAGGAUGACAAGAUUCGAGUGGUGCUUAAUAAGGCUGACCAAGUGGACACACAGCAGCUGAUGAGGGUCUACGGUGCACUCAUGUGGUCCUUGGGAAAGGUGAUCAACACUCCAGAGGUGCUGCGGGUCUACAUUGGCUCCUUCUGGGCCCAUCCUCUCCGAAACACAGAGAAUCGAAGACUCUUUGAAGCAGAGGCACAGGAUCUCUUCAAGGAUAUACAGAGUCUCCCGCAGAAGGCUGCUGUGCGGAAACUCAAUGAUCUCAUUAAGAGGGCAAGACUUGCAAAGGUUCAUGCUUAUAUCAUCAGCUAUCUGAAAAAAGAAAUGCCCUCUAUGUUUGGAAAAGAGAACAAGAAGAAGGAACUGAUCAGCAGAUUACCGGAGAUCUACAUCCAGCUGCAAAGGGAAUACCAUAUCUCAGCAGGGGACUUCCCUGAAGUCAAGAAAAUGCAGGAGCUGUUAGAGACUUGUGACUUCACUAAAUUUCAUUCUUUGAAACCAAAGCUAAUUGAAGCUGUGGAUAACAUGCUGGCCAACAAAAUUGCCUCCCUGAUGAGCCUGAUCAGACAGGAAGAGAGCAAUAUGCCCACAGAGAUCGUGCAUGGUGGAGCAUUUGAUGGCACCAUGGCAGGACCUUUUGGCCACGGAUAUGGAGAAGGUGCUAAGGAAGGAGCUGAUGAAGAUGAAUGGGUUGUUGCCAAAGAUAAGCCUGCUUAUGAUGAGAUUUUCUACACUUUGUCACCAAUCAAUGGCAAAAUAUCUGGGAUUAGUGCGAAGAAGGAGAUGGUGACUUCUAAACUACCCAACAGUGUUUUGGGGAAGAUCUGGAAGCUUGCAGACUGUGAUGGCGAUGGGAUGUUGGAUGAUGAGGAGUUUGCAUUAGCAAAACAUCUCAUCAAGAUUAAACUGGAUGGAUAUGAACUGCCUGGCACGCUACCUUCCCACCUGGUGCCACCAUCUCACAGGAAACCUCUCCAGACAGCAGAGUGAAAAGUAGAAGGAGAAUGAGGAUUUUGGAAAUCUUUCAACAAACAUGUUGAAACCACCAGAAUUUGAAAUUAAGUGUAGAUCCUUAAACCUCACAGCACAUUUCAUGCAAGUUACUGAAAUUAGAAGCAUGGUAGCAGGGAAACAUUUGUGUAGCUGUCCCUGCUGACCUUCACUCAGGCAUGCUUAUCACAAGUGCCUUGUAUAGAUCUAUUGUAAGGUGAAAAUGUUUUUGAAGUCCUGCUUCUGUGUCUUGCUGCCUUUACAACCAUAAAGCAGAAAAGACCAUGUAUAAAAAUCACUGACCUUCACCAAACCUAAAUACUUAUCAACCAUAAGUUUCUCCAAACUAUUUUAAAUAGUGCAAGGAAGCUCUAAAUGUUAAGUUCACCUGCCUAUGCAAGGAACAUUUGCUGUGCUAAAAAACAUACUUUAGGCAUCGAGUGAAUGUCAUCAUCUCUGUAGCUUAAGAAAAGGAUGAUAUAAAAGGAAAUUUUAUUUUUGUUCUUUUUGUUAUUUAAUAGCAGGUUAGAAAAAGAGUAAUGGGGAGUCUUUAAGUGCUCAGAACAUGAGCAGACUUGUUUCAAAACUUUAUUGAUUAUAGCUAGAACUGCAAAAUAUUAAAAUUAUUCUUUCAGUCUGUCAUCAUUGUGUCUUUUUAUCUGAAGAACUGCUUCUUCAGUUUUAUACCGCACUAUCUACUCAGUAUUAUCAUUAGAAGAACUGAAUCUCCUUUGUUCCUUGGAUUUGGAGUUUCUUUUGAGGUUUCAGUUUAGCUGCUCUGCAGACAAAUUUCUGAAUUGUUCAAAGUGGCAGCAGAAUGUUUUCAUAAGCUAAAAAAAAAAAAUCACAUUUCCAUGGAAAUCAAGUCUCACUUUCUGUUCAGAAAAGGUGCAUUGCUCAAAGUCAGUCUCUUCCCAAGACAAUUUGAUGUGCUUUGAAAUUUUCAUUGGUAUUUAAUUUCUAUCUGCAGGUAAUUAUACAGUUAUCUCUGUAUAUUUUUUUAUAUAUAAUAUUUUUAAGGGAAGUUUUUAACUCUUUUGCCAACAUGUAGCUGACAACCACAAAAGAGAGAUUUGAUUCCUAUGGUGGCAGAUUUAAAAGAUGGGGAGGCUAACAGGAAUCUUUCAUUGGCUGUAAUAAAUGAUAGACUGGUCCCUCCAGAUCUUAUUCCUUUAUUGAAAAUAAUCUGUGAAAGGAAUGGAUGCUUAAUAAACAUUCGUUUUUCUAACAACACAAUCAAAGUUGAACAUAUUGGCUGCUUACAACUGAUUUUUAUCAGUACCUUAAAAGAACGCAAAUAUUUGGCCCUGUGAACUUGUGUCUUUCAGGGAGGGCCAGUUCUUUUCUAAAAUCAAACUUGGCAGUCAGUUUUGCUCUAUGCAUGUGAGCAGGAAUUGACUUGUAUUCCAUUUGUAGUAUGAAAUACCCUACACAUCAAAGGUACUGUAGUUUUGAGCACUUUUUCUUUAAGUCUCAGUAAGUGGUAGCACUAAUGCCUUCUGAGAACAAAGCAAGCCAGAAAGUGUUCUAGCAUCCUUGCAGUAGGGAUGGGGAGGGAAGUAGUUUGGGUAUUGUCUCCCAGUUAAGAUUUUAGUCACACUUACGUGUUCGGAUUUGUAGGUGACCUAAGAGCCUCAGCUUCUCUUUUCAAAUCAUACAUUUGUAGGUUGCCAGUCAGGUUUAAUACUUCAGAUCUUUCAGGACCUCUUAUCUUUCUGCAUCUUUUCUAUUCUGAUGUGAAAUCACCAUGAACUUGGCCAGGGCUCUACCAUGGGAAAACAAUGAAGCUAUUUUAAGUAAUGACAGAACACCUUUACCUUGCCAGGCUUCUGGGCCUUUAUCAAGGAUAUCCUGGCAUAGUUAAAUUGUUCUUAAGGACUUUCUUGCUUUUUUAAUUCUUUAGGUUUUUCUCUUAUCAUUCAGGCAUACCAACUUCAUUUCUGUUAGACCUAAAUUAGGAGCCAAAUUAGCUUUAGUGCACCUCUGUGCACUUUAGAGCUGUGAAACUUGACCAUGAGUCUACCUGUGUGACUGUACAUCUGCAGAGUAACUGAUUUUUCUAUGUAAUUUAUUUUUGAUUGAACAAAAAGUAGUCUAUAGACAUUGCAGGAGUUGUUAAAAAAAGACAGGCUGCAGAAGUAGUAAGAUAUGCUUGUUUGUGUGUAAUGUCUGCAGUCAGUAACAAAUUCAUACACUAAUGACCAACCUGACUAGCUUAGUUAGGAAAGCCACCAGGAGAAAGAAAGCAAGCUUGUGUAUUGUGACUACUGUAGCGUGGGCAAAGCUGAGAGGACCUGGGAAGUCGCUGAUCUUCUGACUCUGCCUUACCUUGCUCUUUAGCAGCACGGGGUUCCGGGGUGGACCCAUGUUUGAGUUCCCACCACGUGCAGCUUCCAGGGGCGAUGCUUCAAAUGCAUUGGAGCCAUGUGAUCCCAUGCCAGUAGAAACAUCCUCCUUCAGUGAGAGGAGCAGGAUAGUUUCUCAGUGAAUUUAUUUUAUUUUUCUAGCUUUACGGGUAGGAAAAUGGAGAACACAGCCUUUUCUUCAGUCUCUGUGACAGUGUGCUAACUUGGGCUUAGGGGAGACAAAUUGAAAUGCAUCAUUUUGAUGAGUUAAAAUAUUUUGUCUAGGUGGGCCUGAAAUGUUUUGCUUUGUUUUCCUGUAGAAUUUGGAAGAGGAAUGCACGAAGCAUGUAUAGGAGGUACAGGUGGAUUUCCUCUGUUUAUCUGGAGGAAUAGAAGUAUUUCAGGAUCAGCAUGCAGAGCUACAUGCAUAAGUGUAUUUCUAGAUAUCUGGUGCAGUGCACUAACAUUGUACUUAGGUGAUAGGAAUAAAGUACACUUCAUGUGGACUUUAAACAGCAGUUUCCUGCACAGCUAAACUGAUACAGUAGGCUGCUGUUGCUCAGGGGAAGGCAUCUUUUUUCUCACCUCCUUACAGACCCGUGGGCCUACUCCAUUUGCCUUGCUGGCUCUCUGGCUUGUUGGAUCCUGCAAGCCCAUUCAGUUAGUUAAACCAGCCACAUGGAACAGUUUGGAUAAUGUUCUGUGGAGUUAGUGGGUCCAUGUGUUAGGAGCAUGAGAAGUGAGCAGGAUUACCUUCUCUCAUGAAAUUGUUCUCUGAGUAGUUAUUGGGAACAGCAGUAUGAAGUAACCUUUGGUGUUCAGUUUGAUGUUACUAAUAUCUGCUGAAGAAAGACUUAAGAUGUUGGAUUUGUUGGUCGUUUUAUGCCUAGGAUUUUGAUUACAUUUGCUGUGAGACCAUUCAAAACUGUCAACAAUUCAUCCUGUGAAAUCAGUGCCCACUGGUGUAGUCUGCUGCUGUAAACUGAAGUAGAGACUGCUGCUUUUACCUCUUUUCCAGCUAUUCCACAACACAGUUUUAAUUCCCAACCGUAAUUCUGUUUCCAGAGAAAUUAAUUAGAAUUUUGUUGUAGAUUGGAACAGAAAACGUGGGGCUACCACUCAUAACCACACUACAGGACAGCGAGAGCCUUUUAAAGCUGUGACAGCUUGAAAAUGGUGAGUUAACAAAGAUUCUUAGGUCAGGGUGAUGUCCCAGUUGUUAGCUGAGGAUGGUAAGGAUUUGUGUGGAACCUGGUCUCAAAAGCAGCAGUCCCUGACUGGUCCCUGACUUUCAACAGCAUCAUUCAUCCCCAGUACUUGAAAUGUGCCCUCUUUUUCUCCUUGCUUCCUUCCCUUCACAGUGUGCACUCCCUUUGGUUGCUCUUUAUAUUGUUGGAGUUCAAGGAGAGUUUGAAGUGUAUGGUUUGAUGGGUAUGUGUAACUUAGCACUGAGAGAAUGAACAUGAACUUUGUUUUCUACUUCACAUGCUCACCUUUUCUCAUAUUUUUGUUAAAUACUGUGUUUUCACUUCAAAGGCACUCUAAUUUUUGAGGGAAGGCUUGAUCUGCGCAGUGUGCUUCAGUUUGUCCAACUAGGGAAACAAAGUUGUAAGUUCAUUAUUGUUGCACUUUUAUUACACAAUAAAUUCCUUGCAGAUACUGUAAUAUAUUUUAAUAUGCUUUGUAAUCAUUUUUAGAAGGUGGUGAUAAAAAUUGCUGAUUUAAUAAACUAAUAUUGAACUACCUGA